AUGGUAUCUCUAAUAAAUAUACUUCUAACAGCAACGACUGCAUUCGCUUCAACUACAAAAUAUUUUACAAAUACUACCACUAUAAUACCAAGUAGUCCGAAACCAUUCUUCUCUGACAUUCAAUUAAAGGAUGCGUAUUCUAUGACAACCAAUUGUACAGACCCAAAUCAUUGGUUUUUAGUACAAGCAGAAUUAUUCGUUCCUCAAGGUUCCAAAAAUGACAUAUAUAUGACACUUCCAGAGCAAUUCGGUUCCUUCCCCACUGAAUCUUUCAAUCUUCUUCAUAAUUCAGAUAAAAUUGGUUCAGUAAUGGGAAAUUCUUCUAAUAUAUUCACAAUUUCAUUUGAUCAAGAUAAAACUAAUGAUAAUAAUUUAACUGCUACUUUUAAUUUCUUAACAAGAUUAUCCGCUGAAUAUCAAUUAGAAAUUUCAAAUCCUCAAUCAAUUUCUUUUUCGUUCCAAAGUUCUAAUGGAGAACCUCAAAAUAAGACUAUUAAUUUUAUUCCAUCUGAAAUUUCAACAAUAAAUACAAAUGGUGGUAUAGAUACUGUAAAUAAAACUGCCUGGUUCACUAUUGAUAUUCCAAUUGAGACUUUCUUACAACCUGUUUAUUUCAUUGCUCAGCCUUCAAAUAUUGAAAAUAAUUCUUUCCAAUAUAAUACUGCAUUAACUACAAUUGAAAUAGUUUCAACUGUAGGGUCUUUCAAUCAACCAAUAACUUCAGUUCCAUUUUCAGCUUUCAAAGAUCAAUCCGUUGGAUCUCAAAUUAAAAUUUUCUUCAAUACGAAAAUUAACGGUGGGAAAUAUCUUCGUAUCAAAUAUUUCACUGAUGUUAUAUCAACUAAUAUGAUCUCAAAUUCGGUUCAUUUCACUUAUCCAAACAGCAGUAUUUCCUCUAACAGCUAUGCUAAAAGAGAUGAAAUAUCAGAAAUUUCUACUACAAACUUAUACGGUGAUUCUAUUGCAAAUGUUGAUCUAGCUAACGAUGAAACUUCAAACACUUUCUUACAAAAUGAAAUCUUCGAAACUUAUAGACUGGAAUCAACAAUUCGUUCUGCUAUCGUUACGGAAUAUGGUACAUAUAUUCCAAUUGCUACAUUAAACCAAAACUCAAGUUCAGGUACUUCCAUCACAACAACUUCAACAUCUCAAUUUUCAUCCAGUUUAUUAAAUUCCUCUUCCAUUCUUUUAUCUUCUUUAACCUCAAGUAAAGCUUCAACUUCUAAUAGCUUAUCAUCUUCAAGGAAUUUAUCUUCUACUUUAAGAACCAAGAUAGUAUCUUCCAGCUCUAGCAAUAUUACAACCUCAACAUAUAUACUCUCAAGUUCAGUGCAAAGUACACUAAAUUCAUCUUCAGCAUCUUCUUCUUCUAUCCCAACUUUAACCUACAUCUCUUCAAAGUCAGCUUAUAGUAUACAAAAUUCAAGUUAUGCACCAUCAACCUCGUCUUCUUCUUCUACUCCUAUUCCAACUUCAUCAAAUAUCACUGCAAUAACUAAAGAAAGUUCAAGAACAUAUUUAAACAGUUCAAGUUUCCCCACAUCUAAAUCAUUCUAUGUUUCUACAACAAUAUUGUCGUCGUUACCACUUUCAUCUAAUACAUCAAAAAUAUAUCCAAUAACAACGAACAGUACUACUUCAAAAACUUCCGAAAGAAUAAGUACACUUUAUGAUACUAAUAUUUUAUAUAGUUUAAUAACGUCCAAACAAUCAGAAGAACUUGGUUAUGUAACAAAGUUAUUCCCAAUUGAGACUUUGAAAAAUAAAACAACGACAUCAAUUAAAAUACAAACAACUUCAUGUCCAGGUGGAUGUUCCCAUAUUACCACUAAAACCGCUCUACUUGAAGAUAUUUUCACUAACCAAACGAAGAUUACUUCCACUAUUCCUGCACAGGUGACAACAUUGAUUUCUCUAUUAGGUCAUAAUACCAAAACAAUCACAAGGACAUCAUGUUCCAAGGGUUGCUCUAAACAAGAAAUUAAGACUUCUCAAAUCCAAGAUAUUUUCACUAAUAAAACUGAAAUAACUUCCACUUAUCAACCGCAAGUUACAACACUAUUAUCCUUAAUAGGUCACAAUACUAAAACAAUAACAAAAAAAACUUCCUGUUCCGAUAGCAGCGGUUCUACUGGACAAAGGAUCAAAACCACUCAAAUAGAAGACAUUUCCAUUGGGAAUAGCAAAACAACAUUAUCCAUCACUCCAGAAGUAACUGAAAUUGUUUCUUUAUUAGGUCAUUCUUCUCUAAUAAAAACCUCAUCCAUAGUUGAAACCAUAACUAGUUCCUCACUAUUAAAUCAACCUGUACAAGCUCAAGUCACUUCAAUUACUUCAUUGCUUGGUCAAUCAACAUUAAGUACAAGGAAGACCACUACCAUUUAUACAGCAACAACAAGUUCAAUGGCACAUGUUACAAUAAUGGAAGGUAGUGGGAACCAUUUAACUAUUGCAUUCAGUGGACUUUUUAUUAUGUUUUUCAGUUUGUUGUUUUAA